GCUUGAAAAAAAGAACACAAGACACUCCACAACAGAAAUUUGGGGAACCUGUGAAACUUGCAGAACUAUGAUUCCUUCACAGCCACCACCGGACCUGAACGAGACCGAUUGGAUCGUCCAAGUCAAUGAGAGCGUCAGGCGCAUGCCCACCAAAUCCGACGAGGGACGGUACUGGGAGAAGCGGUCCAUCUACAGGGUCCCCGCCUGCAUCACCGACCUCAACCGCAAGGCCUACUGGCCGCAGGCUGUCUCCUUUGGUCCUUACCACCACGGCAAGGACGACCUCCUCCCCAUGGAAGAGCACAAGCACCGCGCGCUCGUCCACUUUCUUUGGCGGUCUAGGAAGCAAGUCGAGCCCUUCCUCGAGUCUCUGAGAGAGGUGGAGCAGGACCUCAAGGACAGCUACCACAAGCUUGACCCGAAGUGGGAGGAGAGUGGCAGCGAGGGUGCGGCGGGCCCGUUCCUGCAGUUGAUGAUCACUGACGGCUGCUUCAUGCUUGAGAUCCUAAGGAGCUGGAUGCUCCCGCCGCAAGACUACCCACUGAACGACCCCAUCUUUAGUGAACAGGGGCAUUUCUACGUACUGCCAUACAUAAAGCGGGACAUGUUGAUGCUGGAGAAUCAGCUGCCGAUGCUAGUGCUGGAACGGCUGGUCGCCGUCGAGAGUGAUGGCGAAGAGGGGCAAGAUUACGUCAACUGGCUCAUCCUCAAUUUUUACCCCCACAGCACGUAUAUCGCGCCAAUGGGCAAAUGCCUACACGUCUUGGACGUCCUCAGGGAGAACCUUCUGCUCCUCGAGAAAAGGUCCAAUAGGGACCUGCUCAACCUGGACUGCGUGAGGCGUGAGAAGGGCCAGGAGAUAAUCCGGUCGGCCACUGAGCUGAAGGAGGCUGGGAUCCAAUUGAAGAAGAGCGAGACUCGCAGCGUCAAGGACAUCUCCUUUGCCGAUGGGGUCCUGAGGCUCCCUGUUAUCAUGGUGGACGAUUGCACCGGGCCCAUGUUCCUCAACCUCAUGACGUUCGAGCGCUUCCGUUUUAGGGCCGGGAACAAGGUCACGGCCUACAUCUUCUUCAUGGACAACAUGAUCGACACCGAGCGGGACAUCGCGCUGCUCCGUACGCAGGGCAUCAUCCAGAAUUUCCUCGGGUGCAACAAGGAGGUCGCCGACCUUUUCAACUCGCUGACCAAGGACAUGACGCUCUUUCUCGACAACGGUGACGAAUCUGUGCAAAAGAAGAUCACCGAACACUGCGAGAAGCCCUGGAACAUGUGGAGGGCUAAUCUCAAGCACACCUACUUUAGGAAUCCUUGGUCUAUAUUGUCUCUCAUCGCCGCCCUCUUCCUUUUCACCCUCACCAUAAUUCAGACCGUAUAUUCCGCGCUCGGCAACUACAAAUGAACCCUCCCAUUGCCUCCCCUCUCAAUAAUUCUUCUUUUCCAUUUUGUGGUUUUUCUCCUGAUGGCUGAUGCUCGAUAAUUGUCUUUUGAUUGGUUGUUGAUUGUUGUUAUUGAUGAUUUUCCUCCUGUUUUCAGACGUGCUCAUUUCCCCCUUUAAAUGUUUUGAAUGAUGGACAUUUGGCUGUUUAUUUAUCA